GGAGAAUGAUGGUGAGAGGUGAUGGAGAGCGGAGCUGCGGCACUGACAGACAAGAAGUGACGAGACGGCAAAGUGAACAGGUGCAUGAGGCCUUCAGGUCCUGUUAGGUGAACACAUGGAGCCAUACAUCAUGCCCUUGCACUCCUCCUCUCCCCCUCCACUCGAGGAUGAUGGCGACGGGGAGGCUGGAUCAGAGGAAGACGAGUUUGGAGACUUUGGGGGAUUUUCUGUCGGGGUGUCCUGCUCCCCUCGAGGCUUCGCUGAUUCAACUCGGCCAACGUCCAGCCUCAGAGAGCCUUCCCCUACCACAAAGCCAGCCACCCUUCAACCCAACUGCAGCUUUAAUCACCCAGUUGAACAAUCACAACCUGUAUCCACUGUGAACUCGGGUUCCAGCAGACGGCAGAUAGACAUGGAAGGGCAGGAUUGUAAUGCUGAAUCAAAUUUGCACCUCACAAACGGAUAUGCUGAAGAAGACCACAACUCUGGGGCUUCCAUAGCGGGCACUUGCUCUUUCAAGGAGGAGACGGGGUUUGCUGAUUUCACCGUGUUUACAGAGCAGGCAGCACACCCCUGGUGCUGUGGCCUCUCUCCCAUAAGCAGCACAGAGCAGUGGGUUGGCGGAGUGGAAGGGACAAACUUAGGCGAACAAAUCUGUGAUCCAGGUCAUGAUGUUAUCAUGGACUCUGAGCCCAGAUCUCAUUGUGCAUAUAAGGCAAAAGGAAACGUUUGCACUAAGGUCAAGCACUGUGAGAGAAGAGAUGCAGCAUCUCAGGACCACCAUCAGCCUCAGGAAGCUGCAGCAGCUUCGGGAUUUCCAUCUGAACAACCUCGUCUCGGGGAGGAGGAUGUAGGCGAGCACCGGGACAGUUUGAGGGAAAGAAGGCGCAGUUUAAAUUCUUUACAAACCUCAGAGGUGCAGGAGGAUGGAGUGUCGAAGAAAGACGGGGAGAAGAGUGUUUCUACUGCCCCUCAAACAUUGAGUGUGUAUGAGUCUGCUUCAGACGACCUGGCAUCCUCCUGUGAUGAUUUGUCAUUUGCUGACUUGGAACCAAAUGUUUCAUCUCUUGCUUCACAAGGUGAUCAGACAGACUGGGACCAGACUGAUGAUGAGGAUGAAGAUCUGGGAAACAGCAGCAUGGCAAAUCUCAGCCAGUCUGAGGCAGAGAAGGGUUUUCAUCACUGCAACCAACCUGCGACUCAGGAAACCUCUGCUACCUCCAACCAGUCACAUUCUGUAACACAUACAGAAGAUGAAUUUGCAGACUUCAAUGACAGUAGCUAUGAGCAUCACAGGGACCAGGAAGGUGUACAAAAAGCUGAUGUAAGGGUGCUGAGUCUAGGCAACUUACCACCGAGUGACAGCUUUGCAGAUUUCUGCUCAGCGCCCACACAGGAGGAUGGAGAAGGGUCAUGGGCGGAGUUCCAGGAUCAGAGGGCUCAGGAGGAGGGAAACUCUUGGACACAGGACAGAGACCAAGUCAGCAGCUUUCAGCCUGAUGGGGACACAGAGGAAGAACAGAACAGGGAGGGACAGUAUGGAGUUUUAAGGAGAAACAGCUGUCAGGCGUCACUGUCGUGCCGUAUCCAGCAGCUCCUCUGGGCCAGUUUCCCAGAGGUAGUGGUCCCGGCGGUGGAAGGUGAGGAGAAGCCGCUGAGCCUCGGUGCUCUGUUUCACACCCGACACCUCCCUGAGGGUGAGGAGGAGAGGAUGCCAGAACUCAGUGCUGCUCAGUGUGUGCAGCAGGGCCUGUGGUGGCCACACCAAGAUGUCCACAGUGCAGUUGGCCUCCAGUUUCAGUGGGGUGGUUCUCAUUCAAACAGGACUCUGCUCAGGUGCCUCGGUGUGGACACAAGGAACAUUGUCUUCAUCGGCAUGAAGAAGCAGCCAGUGGCUGUUCCUGCUUUUGCUUCCAGCCUGGGAAUGCUAGAGCCCACCAAAGAUUCUGUGCCAGCUGUCUGUUCUCCAGGACACACAGCAGUCACAGCACAGACACCUACAGGGACCCGAACCCCCUCAGCAGACUCAAUGCGGGAGGCGCUCCCCUCCAGGCAGCUGGACUGGAGCAGCAAUGGCCUUAGCAGCUCUCAGGACGGUACGUCCCCUCGCCGAGCCCCUCACUUCUGGGGCCGGAAGUAGACUACCAGCCAACACUUACACGGCUUCUUCUAAUGAGCCCAAACUUUUGAGAGUUUACUCUGGGCUCCUCUGGACUCCUCCUCUCCUCCUCCAGGGCAUGUGUGCUUCUUUUGAUUUACACCGUGUUUCCCCUCAACACAGUCAGCUGUAGAGACUACAUUUUGUGAAAUAAUGACUUUGUUAUUCAGUUGAAUUUCCUCUCAUGAAUAACAAAGUUACACCCAGUGUUCAGAAAAAUCAUGUUGUCGACAAACAAGAAACUAUCAGAGGUAUAAGAUCCCACUGACCCAAAACUGGGACCAAAAAUUAAACAGAUGUGCAGCCAAACAGAAAAAUGAACGUUCAGUUGCAUUAUUCCAAAUCAAUUACAGGGGAAACACUGUACUGGCUUCCCUUUUCUCCCUCCUUCAGUUAUUCUAAUGUCUCAUCUUUACCUGCUGUCACCUUUUGGAAAGAAUUGAUCUCAGUAUUUAUCAGUCCCAGGUGUGAAGGGGAAACCCUGGGGUCUCUAUCUUGCAGUGGUAACACUUGAUAUGGAUGAAGGCUACUUGAUUUAAUGGAUGCAUUUAUCCCAAGGAUCAUUUCUUAUUUUAUUUAUUGGUGGCCACUGUAACUCUAACCCAGUGUUAAUACUGGGAUGUACCCUUUCCCCAGUGUAUGGCUAUAUUACAUACUCAGACUUAGCCCGUAAAUCUGACAGUAUCAUCUAAUUUUCUGCUUUAUUUCUUUACAUUUUUGAUUGAAACUAUUUAUUUGUUCAUAUUUGCUUAUAAAGGGUUUCAUGGUGCCCUCAGUUAUGUUAGUCAACUUCAGAGAAAUAAAAAAAAAAGUUACUGGAAAAAGUAAACAACACGGAUAAAAGUGUUAUUCUUUGCUCAGGAAAAUUUUACUAAUUCAAUUUAAUUAGAUUCAGAUUUAGUACAGUAGUGUUUGUACAGACCUGGGUGUUUUUUUCCUACUUUAUCCUAAAACAUGAAUUCUAACAGUAAUCAUGAAGUAGAUCUAACCGACAUGAUGACAAACACAAAACAAAAGAAAGACCAGGAAAAAAGCAAAGAACAGGAGUUAGCAUGUUGUUGGUGUCCUUUAACUUUUUUUGCAACAAAUCUAUAAACUUGUAUGUUGUUGCAGUUAACAUGCUGCCAGUUAAAAAAAGAAAAAAAAAGAAGUUAAAUCUAAAUAUUUAUUGACUUACCAAACAAUAAAAACCACCGUUAUCUGAAUUUACUUUUUAGAUCAGUGACAGACAGUGAACUCGGCAGAACAAUCUGUGUUUUGAAGUGGGUAACAUGAAAGUAUGCUAAAUAAUGCAGUGUGGUUUAAAGCUGUGCCAAGAGACGGAAAGGAAAUGAUUAGCUAAAAAAAACUGAAUUACCGUAUUUGGUAAAAAAAGGACUUUUACUGUAGGAAAUGUUUGCCUGACCGUCAGUUCCAUGUUUGGUAUUGCACUGUUGAUUUGUCAGCAUGUGGACAUGUUUGUAGUAUGCAGACACGUGGAGAUGAGCAGCUGAUAAGAUAAAACUUAAUUUACAAGUAAUUUCCUAGAAGGCACUUAGUUGAGUCCAUUGGUGUAGACAACACUGACAUUUAGAUUCAACAGAGGCACCUUCCUUUUUCUCCCCUAUUUCCAUUUAUGUUCAGUUUCGAACUUCAUUAUUUUGAUCCAGUCACACCAUCAACUCAACCCAGACAGAUGUUCAGUGAUGAAAUAACAUAAAAGCAUAAAGGCAUCAGUAUUGACACCAGACCAGUGUUGCAGUAAUGACGUAUGAGCAGCAGAGGGCAGUGAAAAGCUCAAAACAUAUUUACUGUAUUUACUGUAGGAACAAAGUCAAACCGAGAAAUCAGCCAGAAAUACAAAGAACAUGCACCACAUAUGUUUUAAUAAUGUGUGUUUGUUAUAUUUAUUUCUUAAUUUUGUUGAUUUGUCAAGAUAAAAAUGGUGACACAGAUAGGAAAUCGAGUUUACGCUGCUUUCUGGUUUUUCUUUUUUACUCCUUUUGCAGUGAAGCAUAUACUGUAUCAGCAUGCUGAAUAGGAUAAAGUGUUUGAUUGCAAAGCACCUCAUUUUGAGAAAAUAAUUGAUACCUGACAUCCACUUUUUCAGUGUUUCGUUACCAAUCAAAGGUGUUUCUACAACAUUUCUGUAACUGCAAUUACAGUAUUUCAUAAUGAGUUGUGCCUUUAUGCCAGCAAUUAUUUUCUUAAAACGACUUUUUUUCCAAAUGGUGAAAUUCUCUCUGGACCUAUAGGUUGUCGUGUUUUUUAUUUAUUCAGAUUUACUGCUCAAAUCCAGAUCAAAUGCACUGCAAUAAGGACUUGUGGGAAAUCCUUGUAAAUACUGAAAUAAAUCAGUUGAUCGUU